UCUCUCCGAGAAAACCCUAAACACAACUUGUCGGCCGCCAUGUUCGGGACCCCCAGCUCGCCCCCCCUCUUCGGGACGCCCUCCUCUACAUCCUCCUUCGGAACUCCCUCCACCACCCCUGCCUUCGGCACCCCUUCUUCCACGCCGGCAUUCGGCGCGCCGUCGUCCACCCCAGCCUUCGGCAACCCCUCUUCCAGCCCCGCCUUCGGGACGCCUUCCUCGACCCCGGCAUUCGGCGCGCCCUCUUCGAUGCCGGCGUUUUGGACGCCCUCUUCGAACCCAGCUUUUGGCACGUCCUCGUCGACACUGGCGUUCGGAGCGGCGCCGUCGCCAUCGCCAUCGCCGUUUGGAUUCCAGCAGCAGGCUACUCCGUCCCCUUCGCCUUUUGGGUUCACCGGCUUGGCCGGUGGGCAGAUCACAACCCAGAUGGCCCCAGUUGCGCCUCUGCCGCUCUUGCCCUCCGACCGCGAUAUCCAGGCUAUCGUGGAUGCGUACAAGGAGGACCCAGGCAACCCUCGCUAUGCUUUUAGGCAUCUGUUGUUUAGCGUGACAGAUCCUUCACAAAGGGUGAAGCCUGUAGCAGCAUCUGAUAUCAUGUGGGCAGAGGCGAUGGGGAAGCUUGAGUGCAUGGAUAGUGCGGACAGGGAGAGGCUGUGGCCUCAACUUUUGCAGGGGUUUAAAGAUCUCUCAUGCCGGCUUAAGCUUCAAGAUGAAGUUCUUGUCUCAGAUACUGAACGGUUGAGCAUGACCCACUCCAAUGUCAAGAAGCUUCAAAGACAUUUCCAAGCUGACACAUAUCCUUGGAUUCAACGCUUGAAGCAUCAAGAGCUUGUCAUUGAGAGGCGUCUCUUAAGGAUCAUGAGAAUAGUGGAGGCGCUGGAGAAUAGGGGUUUCCGUGUUCAAUUAUCGAAAGAAGAAGCUGAUUUAUAUGAAAGAUUGGUUGCUAUAAUAAAGCAGAUAAAAGGAACUGGUGGCGAUCUGUCCAAGAGAACCUAUAAUCUUCUUUCUACCUCACGUCUUCUAGCAAGCACCGGUGGUGCUAGUGGUCCCAUUUAUAUUCCUAAUUCAGCCAAAGUUGAUGAGCAAAGUGUUACUGAUCUUCUUGAGGCCUUGCAGCAACAGACGGAAGCAGUUGCGAAGUUGGGCAAUGUAUUAAAAAGGGACACCAGAGACGUGGAAAUUGUACUUUCGGAAGACAUUGAUAUGGUGGAAGAUGGUGCUUCAAGAAGGCCAUUGAACAUGUAAAACCGAAGUAGUGUCUUCAUUUUAGGUACCAACAAACAGAGUUUUGCAUCGUGUUAUCAAAGGGUUGGAGCCUCUAGACAUCUUUUUUCUAGUUUUGACCUCUAGAAUAUGGUUAGAACAAAUUGAAAUAGGUUCUUAGCCAUCACCAUGUGGUUCUUGAGCAAAUUCAAUUAGGUUUUGAGACUUGCCUGCCA